GGGAUUUAUAUUAAGUUCUUAGAACUAAGAAAAAAAUUUUAAAAUAAUUCUCAGUUCCUCCAUUUUUGUACUGAAAAAUUCUCCAAAAAAAAAAAAAAGAUUUGAAAUUCAUAGAAAAAUCUUACAAAUCGAUUGUUCCUUCAUCUUCAAUUCUGUUUUUUAACCCUAAAAAAUCCAUGAAUUUCCCCUUUUAUUAAACUAUAUAGUUUAGAGAAUUCAGAAUGUCAGAGUUACCAACAAUCACUCAUGUUUCCGAUAUGAUCACCGUCGGCGAGUUAGCACCGCCGACGAGUUCCCGUUCUGUAACUGAUACGGUUAACGGGUCACACCGUUUCGUGAUCCAGGGUUAUUCAUUGGCUAAAGGUAUGGGUGUCGGAAAACACAUCGCAAGUGAUACUUUCACCGUCGGAGGUCAUCAGUGGGCGAUUUACUUUUAUCCCGAUGGAAAGAAUCCUGAAGAUAAUUCUACGUAUGUGUCUGUGUUUAUUGCGUUGGCUAGUGAAGGAACGGAUGUUAGGGCUUUGUUUGAGUUGACCCUGAUUGAUCAGAGUGGUAAAGGAAAACAUAAGGUUCAUAGCCAUUUCGAUCGGUCUCUUGAGAGUGGGCCCUAUACCUUGAAGUAUCGCGGCAGCAUGUGGGGAUACAAACGGUUUUUUAGACGAGCAUUGCUUGAGACUUCAGAUUAUUUGAAGGAUGACUGCUUGAAGAUUAAUUGCACUGUUGGAGUUGUGCGCUCUACAAUAGACUGUUCGAGCUUGCAUACAAUUCAGGUCCCAGACCCGGACAUUGGAGCACAUUUUGGCAUGCUUUUGGAAAAUAUGGAAGCUUCAGAUGUUAUUUUCAAUGUGGCUGGUGAAAUGUUUCAUGCCCAUAAGUUGGUAUUGGCUGCUCGUUCUCCUGUAUUCCACACUGAAUUUUUGUAUGGACAGGAAGGCGAUGAGCAGGAAAUUGUGGUUAAUGAUAUGGAACCUGAGGUCUUCAAAGCUAUGCUGCACUUCAUAUACAGAGAUGCUCUUGUAGAAGAAGAGCUAGAAGCAACUAGUACUUCUUCUACUACCCCCUGUAUAUCUGACACUCUGACAGCAAAAUUGCUAGCAGCAGCUGAUCGGUAUGAGUUAACACGCCUGAGGAGGUUGUGUGAGUCUCAUCUUUGCAAAGAUAUCUCUAUCAGCUCUGUUGCACAAAUUCUUGAUUUAGCAGACCGUUACCAUGCCGCUGAGCUCAAAUCAGUUUGCCUAAGUUUUUCUGCUGAAAAUCUUGCUGCUGUCAUGCAAUCAGAUGGUUUUGAGUACCUUAAAGAAAAUUGCCCCUCUCUUCAGUCAGAGCUUCUUAAAACUGUGGCAGGUUGUGAGGAUGAUAGUAGCAGUGGAGGUGGGAAGUCUAGAAGCGUUUGGGCACAGCUUUCAGACGGCGGUGAUACUAAUGGGAGGAGGAUCAGGCAACGGACCUGAUUUUAGAUGUAGGAAAUUGUUAAAAUUUGUUGCAUGUAUAUUGGAGGAUGUGCUGGAAAUGUUGGUAAAACUACAACAAUGUAAUAGAAAGGUAAAUGUUCAUUAGUUUUCUGCAAACAUCUUUGAUGAACGUCUCGUGCGUAUUAUAUGUAUAACCUGAAAGUUGCUAAAUACACCAAUUUGUACCUUCGUGAUAAAACCAGGUUUGGUUUCCAUUGGCCAGGUAAGGUAAAGCUUGAUCUGUAAA